CUGCACACAAGGUAUAUGCCCAAGAUCCUAGGGUCAUGUAAGCCGCAUCCCAGGCACCUGGGAAGUGCUGCAGGGUGGUGACAGGGGCAGCACGAGCCUCUGCGCGUCGUCCUGUUGCCCGCCCACAACAAGACGCGUUUUUGCUGCACUUGUAAGCAACACGCGCUUCCCAGAGCACGACUACUUAAAACUUCCCGCAACCGCGGUCCUCUGCUCGCUCUUUUGCAUUCUUCACUUCCACAACUCCACCCAAUUAACCCCGACGUACUCACUUCCUCUUCACCUUGUCGGGGCAUAGAAAACCUCCUUCGUAAAUAGCCCUUCCGGUGCCUUCAGCAUCCUCUUGCCGGAACUGCAGGCUGCCACGCGGAACGCCUGCCCCUCUCCGUUCCCGUACCCCUCUCAGAGCAGUCUUCACAACACCUCGACGCGAUGUUUGUAAGAAAGCGAGAUGGACGCCAGGAGCGCGUUCAGUUCGACAAGAUCACGGCGCGUGUCUCACGACUGUGCUAUGGUCUGGACAUGAACCAUGUCGACCCGGUUCAGAUCACCCAGAAGGUCAUUAGUGGUGUCUACGGAGGUGUUACAACCAUCCAGCUGGACGAUCUGGCCGCAGAGACAGCCGCGUACAUGACCGUCACCCACCCCGACUACGCCAUUCUCGCUGCCCGUAUCGCAGUUUCCAACUUGCACAAGCAGACAAAGAAGCAAUGGUCUGCCGUUGUGAGCGAUCUUUACCAUUACGUCAACCCAAAGAACCGCAAGGCGUCGCCCAUGAUCUCCCAGGAGACAUACGACUGCGUCAUGCGUCACAAGGAGGAGUUCGACUCCGCCAUUGUCUACGACCGUGACUUUGGUUACCAAUACUUCGGCUUCAAGACCCUCGAGCGUUCAUACCUCCUCAAGCUCGAUGGUAAAGUUGUCGAGCGGCCACAGCACAUGAUCAUGCGUGUCGCUGUCGGCAUCUGGGGAGACGAUGUCGAGAGGGUUAUUGAGACCUACAACCUCAUGUCGAACAAGUUCUUCACACAUGCCUCCCCCACAUUGUUCAAUGCUGGCACUCCUCAGCCCCAGCUGUCAUCAUGCUUCCUCGUCGACAUGAAGGAGGACAGCAUUGAGGGCAUCUACGACACCCUCAAAACUUGUGCUAUGAUCUCUAAGAUGGCGGGUGGUAUUGGUCUGAACGUGCACCGCAUCCGUGCCACCGGCUCAUACAUUGCUGGCACCAACGGUACCUCUAAUGGCAUCACCCCGAUGUUGCGGGUCUUCAACAACACCGCCCGAUACGUCGACCAGGGCGGUAACAAGCGUCCCGGUGCCUUCGCUAUCUACCUUGAGCCAUGGCACGCUGAUGUCUUCGAGUUCCUUGACCUGCGCAAGAACCACGGCAAGGAGGAGAUCCGAGCCCGUGACCUUUUCCUUGCCCUCUGGAUCCCUGAUCUUUUCAUGAAGCGCGUCGAGAAGAACGGUGACUGGACCCUGAUGUGCCCCAACGAGUGCCCUGGCCUCGCCGACUGCUACGGCGAAGAGUUUGAGGCUCUCUACGAGCAGUACGAGAAGGAGGGCCGUGGUCGCAAGACCAUGAAGGCACAGAAGCUGUGGUAUGCUAUCCUUGAGGCUCAGACUGAGACCGGCAACCCCUUCAUGCUAUACAAGGACCACGCAAACCGCAAGAGCAACCAGAAGAACCUGGGUACCAUCCGAAGCUCUAACCUCUGCACUGAGAUCAUUGAGUACUCGGCCCCGGACGAGGUCGCUGUGUGCAACCUGGCCUCCAUUGCUCUGCCCUCAUAUGUCGACUACGACAACAACUGCUACAACUUCCAACAGUUGCACGAGGUCACCCAGGUUGUCGUCCGAAACCUGAACAAGAUCAUUGAUGUCAACCACUACCCGGUCAAGGAGGCCUACAACAGCAACAUGCGACACCGACCUAUUGGUGUCGGUGUCCAGGGUCUUGCCGACGCAUUCUUGGCGCUACGCAUGCCCUUCGACUCUCCAGAGGCCCGUGAGCUCAACAAGCAGAUCUUCGAGACCAUCUACCACGCUGCUCUCACCGCAUCAAGUGACAUUGCCAAGGUCGAGGGCCCCUACAAGACAUACGAGGGCAGCCCCGUCUCACAAGGCAUCCUGCAGUUCGACAUGUGGAAUGUCAAGCCCUCCGACCUCUGGGACUGGGAUGCGCUCAAGGCCAAGAUCAAGGAGACUGGUGUUCGCAACAGCUUGUUGCUGGCACCAAUGCCGACUGCGUCGACGUCGCAGAUCCUGGGCAACAAUGAGUGCUUCGAGCCAUACACCUCCAACAUCUACCAGCGACGUGUGCUCGCUGGCGAGUUCCAGGUCGUCAACCCUUGGCUCCUCAGGGACCUGACAGAGCUUGGCUUGUGGUCUGAGGCCAUGAAGAACCGCAUCAUCGCCGAGGAUGGUUCCGUUCAGAACAUUCCUAGCAUCCCGGCUGAUAUCAAGGCCCUUUACAAGACCGUCUGGGAGAUCUCUCAGAGGACCAUCGUGCAGAUGUCUGCUGACCGUGGUGCCUUCAUUGAUCAGUCUCAGUCUCUCAACAUCCACAUGAGGGAGCCAUCCAUGGGCAAGAUCACCAGCAUGCACUUUGCCGGCUGGAAGCUCGGUCUCAAGACUGGCAUGUACUACCUCCGCACUCAGGCAGCUGCCGCACCCAUCCAGUUCACUGUCGACCAGGAGGCACUCAAGAUCCAGGAACAGGCCGGUGCGAAGCACAGUGGUCUUGGCAAGCGUGCCCCCCCAGCGGGAAUGUGGCAGCCUUCAGCUAGUAGCUUUGUGCGGCCCAUGUACGCCAAGAAGGAGUCGAUCAGCGGCAGCAAGACAGUGAGCUCUAACGGAAUCCCCACGCCGAGCAUUACGCCGCCUCCUUCGACUCCCACUGUCGACCAAGAGGCAGCAGCGCGCAUCUUGUCAUCUCCUUCCAAGCCCAGGACCGUCCCGUUCAAGGCUGAUCAAGAGGAGGGCGAGAGCCCCAAGGCUCUGCCCAUCGAGCCUGCGGAGAAGCCCGUGGAGGAGGAGCUCCUGGACGGCAAGAAGCCUGACGGACAGUCCGAGGACAAGGACGACGACAGUGCUGACCGUGAGCACGAUAUCUACUCGCAAGCUGUCCUGCAAUGCAGCAUCGACAACCCCGAGUCCUGCGUGAUGUGCAGUGGUUAAGUACAAUAUAUCAAUCAGUAUUGUGUAUAGGGAAUGAGCACGAGUCGAUGUUGACGACAGCAAGUCAUGACGAGAAUGGGCGUCGAUUUUGAUUUUCUUUUUCUCAUUUGGGCAUGGGGUUUCCUCAUUAAACGGUGCAAGGGUUGGCGGCAUACAUAAAUCGCUUGCAAGACAAUUGGGUAAUAUUGCGAGGUUGCGUCGCGUUGCACGGCAGCAAUGGCGAUGUGAAUACAUGGUACGAGUCGAGCACGGGAGGUUGCAGUCAUGGUGAGGCGUGUAAGAGCCCAUCUCUUCAUUGAGGUGCCACAUGCCAUCCCCCCCCUUUUUCCCUCUCUUGUCUUGUCAUACCACUCUCUGUUUGUAAGUCGGGUCACGGAUGUUUAUAGUCUUUUUCAUGUGCGAAUAAAGUAUCGAUCAGACGUU